AUGGAGAGGAGCUCGAAUAAAAUAUUUGGCCAAUUAUCUUAUCGUUGGGGGGAGUGUCGUAGUCUUACUAUGCUACGCCUCUCAAACAACAACCUCACAGGCAAAAUACCCAUAAGUAUGGGGCAAGUGUCUCAGCUAGGGCUACUUGAUCUUUCAUCAAACAAGCUUGAAGGAGAGAUUCCAAGUGCACUAGGCAAUCUAAAAAAAUUGUUCAACUUGAGCCUCGUAGACAAUUUGCUGCAUGGAAGCAUACCACAAGAAAUUGGGGCACUGUCCAGUCUAGAACUGCUAGAUUUGUCAUCAAAUAGCCUAAGUGGCUUGGUACAAGGACCAAUUGAGAAUUAUUUAAAGCUUCGCUCGUUGAAUUUGAGACGCAAUAACUUCAAAGGGAACAUCCCUACCAUUCUAGGGGUGUUGCACAACUUACACAUGUUGGAUUUAAGUGAUAAUUCAUUUUCUGGGGCAAUACCAAGCCAACUAAGUGGCCUGAUUAUGCUAGAUACUUUGAAUCUUUCACACAAUGAACUUAAUGGAUCCAUCCCGUCAUCAUUUUAG